AUGUCACGAGCUAUCAACGAGCCGCCAUCCAUCAACGACAUCAUCACCAUUACUGCCAUGCGAGAGGCGCUUGGGUACUUUUCCGACAUCACAUGGGUGAUCACGUGUGCUGAAACGACUGGAUCGCAACUUGAUCAGGCAUCCAUUCGGAUAGACCGAUAUGACGAUGCUUGA